GCUCUCGCGCCUACAGUGGUGGAAUCGAACGUCCCCGAGCGCACACGGCGUAGAGAGAAGAGUACGGCGCACGAGACUCUGGAAGGAAGAUAACGGUUUAUUUUUUGCCCCCGCUCCACUCAAACAACAAGAACAAACCAAACCUGAUUUUUUUAGGGGGGGUUAGAGAGUCUUCUCAUAACAAGGAGGAGGGAAGGAUUGGACUCGCAAGUUUUUUUUGUUUUUUUUUUCGUUUUUCCUUCCUUUUCCUAAAAGAGGAUUCUGUGUUUCACGGUGGUUUGUUCUUCGUUCUCGCCGCAAAGAUGAUGGUCGGAGAGGUCGAAGUGAAGGAGCGACCGAGGCCGAGUCCCGACUAUUUAAUGCAAUUAUUAAACGAGAAGAAGCUCAUGACCAGUUUGCCAAAUCUCUGCGGUAUCUUCACACACCUGGAGAGGCUUCUUGAUGAAGAGAUCAACAGAGUGCGUAAAGACAUGUACAGCGACACAGUGAAUGGCCUUGUAGACAGACACCCUCUGGAGCUGCCUGAGCCUCUCGGACCCAUCGUCCACCUGCAGGAAAAACUGUUUGUGCCUGUCAAAGAGUACCCUGAUUAUAACUUUGUGGGGAGAAUCCUUGGCCCUCGGGGACUCACAGCCAAACAGUUGGAAGCAGAGACAGGAUGCAAAAUCAUGGUGCGAGGCAAGAGCUCCAUGAGAGACAAGAAGAAGGAGGAGCAGAACAGAGGGAAGCCAAACUGGGAACACUUAAACGAAGACCUUCAUGUCCUGAUCACAGUGGAAGACACACAGGGCAGAGCUGAGAUCAAGAUGAGGAGAGCGGUGGAGGAGGUCAAGAAGCUCCUCGUACCUGCCGCGGAGGGAGAAGACAAUUUGAAGAAGAUGCAGCUGAUGGAGCUAGCGAUCCUCAAUGGGACAUACAGAGACAACAACAUCAAAGCACCCACCCUUGCAUUCUCUCUUGCAGCGGCAGCCGCAAACGCUCAGGGCCAACGUCUCAUAGCGGCCCCCACAGGUCAGGUGUUGCCUCCCCAGGCACUCCGGCCCCAAACACCAUCUGGGGCCCCCAUCAUGAACCUCAUCCGGCCCACUCAGAUGGCUGCCAUGCUGCCCAACGGCACCCCCACCCUGGUGCCUCCCACACCGGAUGGCGGGCUUAUCUACACCACCCCUUACGAUUACCCUUACGCCCUGGCACCCACCUCCCUGCUGGAGUACCCCAUCGAGCACAGUGGGGUUCUAGGUAAGAGAUUCUGGGGAAGCAUGGGUCCAGCAGGUACAGCGGCCAACUUUAGCCAGUAUGGACAGGAGGGCAACUUGUUUUACCAUGGAGCUGGGGUUCUGGAUGCAGCUGCCAUGAGCCACAGUCAGGACUUGUUGAAAGGUGCAAUGGCUACUAAAGUGAGACGGCAUGACACGCGGGUCCAUCCUUACCAAAGGAUUGUGACCGCUGACAGAGCCGCCACCGGCAACUAACACAUGACCUUCUGACCUCUGAACUCUUCACCCAAUGACGAGCCGCCCCAAGCCUGCCUGCUGAUCAGUUAACUGGUAAUUGCCUUUUGCUAGCCUCUCGGACGCAAGUGAGAGAGAGAGUGAGAGAGAGGGAGGCGCCUGCCCAUACAGUUACCUUAACACGUUCUGACAAAAAAAAUAGAAACCAACGCAGAAUCUUCACAGACACACAACAAAACCCAACAAAGUUGUGUAAUAUUCAUUUUUUCCCUCUGUUCAUUGAGUUAAAUUCCCAUUCUUUCUCUUUCUUUUUCUUCAUGAAUCAUAUACUGGGUGGAUGUGUUUGUGGUAUUACUCAUAAGUCUGCACUGAAUUAUAUAGCAAUAAAGACCCCCACCCCAACCUCCUUUUAAUCGCUCUAAUUUGGUGACCUCACUUGUGUGAAUCAAAGUUCAAUAUCUAUUUGACGCAAACCAUUUGGUUUCAGAUUAAUGACAUCAUCCUCCUUUCUCCAAAAAAAGCCUUUUCCUGCCCCACCCUGUUCCAACACCCACUUAUUGGGAGAGAAAAAGAAAUAGAAGGAAAGAGAACAUACUCCCACAUUAACUUGUUUAAUUUCUGUCAUUUUCACAUAUAGUGCAGUUGUUGAGCUCUAAAAUGUAACUAUGAGCUGACACAUUCUGGGUGUGCCCCUCCAAACUGCUUUCUGUCCCGUUUUUAAAAAGCAUGGCUGAAAUGAUUGCAAAAAAAGCUUUUUAUGAUUUAUGUCUUUUUUUUUUUUGCUUUACUUUUGAGUCAUUUUCUCCACUUGAUUUUGGUUUCUCCGUUAUUCAUGUUUGACUAAUUAGCUUUGCUUAAAUUGACUAGCCAAAAUAAGGCAGAUGGUUAUCUCUGGAAAACAAAACAAAACGCAAUCUGAUGUUUGAAAACAGGAUGCAGAAACUAAGAAAUGAUGAAGGGCAAGAUGGAAAGGUCACUAUUUGGGCUGAUGGGUCUUUGUGUGUGUGUGUGUUUCUUUUUUAAUUAAUACUACAAUGAAAGUAGGGUGUGCUGAGGCUUCUGGGACAUUGGAACAGUGCUUAUUAGCUGCUGUUCAUUGCUAUGCCCCUAUCCACACUACAUCCAUUAUACAGUGCCUGAUGUAUUUAGAAAAAUAUAUCAAUGAGUUAGCUGAGCUGUGAUUGAAAAGACAAAAAAAAAGUAUUAAGUGUGCAUAUUUAGCCAAAGGGUUUUCCAAUGAAUUAUAUAUCUGCAAUUAUGCAUCUGUUUCACAGAGGGCGCUCUCAUGAUUUUAGAGUUUGGAAGGGUGUGAAUUUGUGGUGCCUGCCUUUAGCUGGAACAGACAGCCAGUCAGUUAGAUGAGUUUUGACCCAUUAAUGCUCUACUUGCAGGCAAUAAACACUAAAGUCAACAAGCUACUCAAUUACAGUUCAUUGCUAGGGGGAAGGGCACUUUGAAGUGUACAACUUGUGCAUACAUGCUUUUGUCAUGAGGCUUCUAUCUUGAGUUGUUUCAUCAGCUACGUUGCCAAACGAGUGUUUAUUUCUUUUCUUUUUUUCUUUCUUUUUUCUUUUCUUUGUUUGGCCAAUUUUUUAAGUGUCUUUUUAUUUUUUUAACCCGUCAUCAGUUACGACAUCAGGUGGACAUACUCUGAGCCUUCCUGCUAAUAAUGUAAUUUUAGUUUUGAUUAUUUUGGUGAUUAAGCAUUUAUUUUGAGCACAUGACGAACCCUCCAAAAGCGCAUCCACAAUGUGUCACACCUCCCUGUGAUCGUAGUCUCGCUCCUGAGCCCACACUUUUUUUGGUUCAACUCUCUCAAGAAAAAAUAGGAUGUGAAAGCCAUGCCUGCCUGUUCAAAUUGCUUUAUACAUACGUCUUAUAUAUAAAUAUAUAUAAAUAUAUAAAAAUGUAGAUAUCUGUCAUUGCAUAUACAAAUACAGAAGAGAACAAAAAUAGAUAAUUUUACAGGGUGCUGGAGAAGAGAAAAAAAUUACAAAAAUCUAUUUUUGGCAAUUUUAGCUUUUGAUACUUUACUUGCAGUUACAAAAUCUGAAUAAAAUAAAAAGUUUAAAACAGUAUGGGGGAAAUCAGAAAAAACUGAGUGGGUGAGGACAAAGUGCUGUUAUCUUGGAUAUGAUUGGAAAGGAAGACAAAGACCAAAACAGUCAUAACUCUUAAACGUUAGCGAGGAUCAGAGCAACAGAGUUUUAAAAGGAUCAAAUCAAAGUGCCUUAUCAACAGUGGUUUCUGUUUUUUGAGUAUUCCAGUUGUGUUCAAUAAUAUCCAGCACCCACCAAGAUGGCGCAGAGAGGAAUUGCUAGUGUUACACGCUCUGAAUAGUCGAGCAGGGUAGCUCCCACCGUAUCGUGGUGUUACCGAAGUUAUUCUAUGCAAAAAGAAUAGCAGUCGUUUUGACCAGCUAAAAUAUGUGCCAUGGUUUUGUCUUCCUGACUUUUUUUUUCUUUCCUUUACUUGAUGGCCCUUUACUCUGCUGUAUGUGCAGGUUUUGUUCUCUUUUUAUUUAGAUUUUAAUGACAUGAAAUAUUGUCUUGAUUUUUGGUGACUGUGAUUAACUUCCUAGAACAAAUCGAACUGCCAAUAGCAAUGCAGUAGUCUGCCAGAACAUGUUUUGAUCAUGAGCUGAGAAAAAUACAUAACAUUCAAGGGAAUGGCUAGGGAAUGGGGGGGAAUCGUCCCUGCUGGCAUUAAGUCCAUUUGUUUCAACAGCUGCAAACUGAAGGCAUCCAGUCCAUGUCUCUCGAUGUCAAUUUGACAACAGUCUAUCAGUACAAUAACAAGGUUUAUAAUGGACUAAUGAAAUGCUGGAUAAUGAAACAAACAAUUCUGUUUCACAGCCAAAUAGUUUUCAGUUAUUGAAACAACUGACAGUUUUAUUGCUGGAAGGUGAAUUAAACACAUAAAAU